CAUUGUACCCACUGCUGCAGUCCCGCGACAAAUACCAAGGCAUGUCCUUAUCUUCCUCCAUCGCCGCUGGUUGUCCGUUGGUUUGCCCACUCCGGCGCGGCUCGCGCUCUGCCGUGUUGAUUACUGGAUUCCAUCGAACAUCUGGAUGCACGGCCCAGCCUUUCGUUCCCGAGGUUGUAAAAUCAGUCGAUUCCUUGUAUUCAGAUUUCAGACAAGUUGAUAAUUUGGUGGCUCACAAUGCUGCUCGUGUUUUGAAGGCUUUCCAGAACGCUGGAGUUGGAUCUCAUCAUUUUGGUGGAAGCACAGGUUACGGGCAUGAUGAAGGUGGGGGACGGGAGGCGUUGGAUAAUAUUUUUGCUGAAGUGUUUGGAGCGGAAUCAGCAAUAGUUCGGUCACAGUUUUUUUCUGGAACACAUGCCAUCACUUGUGCUUUAUUUGCUGUUCUGCGGCCUGGGGAUGAGCUUUUAGCAGUGGCUGGAGCUCCUUAUGACACCUUAGAGGAAGUCAUUGGAAUCAGAAACCCUCCUGGAAUUGGAUCCUUGAAGGACUUUGGAGUUUCUUAUCGAGAAGUCCCUCUUUCAAAAGAUGGUGGUCUAAACUGGGAUGCUCUUGCUAUCACUGUAACGCCCCAAACGAAGUGUUCCUUCAUCCAAAGGUCAUGCGGAUAUGCAUGGCGUAAAAGCUUAGGCAUAUUAGAGAUCCAAAGGGCAAUAAGAAUAAUCAAGAUGCGAAAUCCAGACUGCGUCGUCAUUGUGGACAACUGCUAUGGGGAAUUUGUGGAAGCUUAUGAGCCACCCAUGGUGGGUGCAGAUUUGAUUGCCGGAAGUUUGAUAAAGAAUCCUGGUGGGACAAUCGCGCCUUGUGGAGGCUAUGUUGCCGGAACGAAAUCCUUGGUUGAGAUGGCCGCAGCCCGCCUCUCUGCACCUGGUCUCGGGGUUGAUUGUGGGUCAACUCCGGGCGAUGUAAUGAGGUUGCUUUUCCAAGGGUUAUUCCUCUCACCCCAAAUGGUUGGAGAAGCAAUGAAGGGAGGUUUGCUCAUUGCUGAUGUAAUGGCAUCUAAAGGAUAUAAAGUCCAGCCUCUUCCAAGGCAUCGUCGCCACGAUACUGUUCAGGCUGUGCAGCUGGGGAGCCGUGAGCGUCUUAUUGCUUUCUGUGAGGCUGUUCAGAGAAGUUGCCCCAUAGGAUCUUUCAUCAAACCAACUGCUGGAUGUACACCUGGAUAUGCCUCAGAGGUGAUCUUUGCUGAUGGAACAUUUAUUGAUGGAAGCACAAGCGAGCUUUCAUGCGACGGUCCAUUGCGGGAACCGUUUUCAGUUUUUUGCCAGGGAGGAACACAUUGGACUCAGUGGGCAUUUGUUUUAGGGGAAGCUCUAAAAGCCAUCUAAAAGUUGACUGAUAGAUGAGGAAGCCUUUUGGACGCGCCAAAUGGUGUAGAGUCAACUGCUGCAAAAGGUGGAUCAUAAACUCUACAGUUUUGUCUGAUGCUGCAUUGUGGAAGGGAUUGGAAUUGCUUCUCCUCCACACUUUCAGCCAUGUUAUGCAAUGGAAUGGAUGCUUUCUUUCUGCCACAUGAAGAUUAUUGAUAUUAUUCAGAAGCUGAAAUAGCAUUUUUUUAGGGCAAUUACAUACAAACCUCCUGAUACUUGCUAUUUACAAAUCAACCGCCCUCCUUCC